UUUUUGUUAUAAUUCAACCAUUCCUCAUUUUCUCUCUCUAUUUUUUUUCUUAUCUUGGUCUGUUCUAUAUGUGAAGUAAAAAAAAAAAGUAGAUGAUGAUGAUCUUGAAAGGAGGAAUUAAAAGAAGAAAGCGGUUAUAUAAUUAAUGGGGUUUUCAUGGGCAUUUGGAGAAGGUGUAGUAGUAGUAGAAAAACAAGAAGAAAAUCAAGAACAAGACUCAAAAAAGCUGCUUUUUGAGAGUUCUUUCAUGGCUACUAGUAAUAAUAAAGUCAUCAAUCAUCACUCAGCUCAUCAACUAGACCAUCAUCAGCAACAACAACAUCAAAUACAACAGCAACAAAUACAAAAUCACCAUCAUCAGCAUCAUCAUCAUCAUCAUCAAGAACAGCAUCACCAUGAUCAUCAGCAAAUUCCUUAUGGAAUGAUGCAAUCAUCAUCAUCAUCCUCCAUCCCUGCAGGGAGCUUCAUAAGCAAGGAUGCGGGAGCUUAUGACUUGGGAGAAUUGGAUCAAGCCCUAUUUCUUUAUCUUGAUGGUCAAGAUCCUUCCACUGUUCAAGAUCAAAGACAGAGUAGUAGUAGUGGUGGAAUGAGACCUCCAACUCUCAACAUUUUUCCAUCUCAGCCUAUGCAUGUAGUAGAGCCAUCAUCAACAAAGACUAAUACUCCAAGGUUAGUUUCUUCAGCAACUAGUGGUUCAAAGAGACCAUCAGAGCCGUCCAUGGAGUUGGCCAACAUAAGAGAUGAUAAUAUUGUAUCUGCUCCUGAACCAGCUAAAUCAAUUAAGCGUGAAGGAGCCCGUAAAGGUCCAACAACUUCAAGUUCAGAGCAAGAAGGACCUAAAACACCUGACCCAAAGACAUUGAGAAGACUUGCUCAGAAUAGAGAGGCAGCAAGAAAAAGUAGACUAAGAAAAAAGGCUUAUGUUCAGCAGCUAGAGUCAAGUAGAAUUAGGCUAACCCAAAUUGAACAAGAAUUACAAAGAGCUAGAACUCAAGGUCUUUUCUUCGGUGGAGGUGGUGGUGGUGGAGGUCUUUUAGGAGGAGAUCAAGGUCUACCCGUAGGUAUUAACAAUAUCAGCUCAGAUGCUGCUGUGUUUGACAUGGAGUACGCAAGAUGGGUAGAGGAGCAUCAUCGGCUAACAUGUGAGCUACGGGCAGCGGUGCAAGAGCAUUUACCGGAAAAUGAGCUGAGGCUAUUUGUGGAUAAUUGCUUAGCUCAUUAUGAUGAGGUUAUGAACCUCAAAACAAUGGUUGCCAAAACGGAUGUUUUUCAUCUUGUUUCUGGUAUGUGGAAAACUCCGGCCGAGCGUUGCUUCAUGUGGAUGGGAGGUUUCCGGCCAUCUGAGCUCAUCAAGGUUAUCUUGAACCAAAUAGAGCCCUUAACAGAGCAACAAAUAUUAGGAAUAUGUGGAUUGCAGCAAUCAACACAAGAAGCAGAAGAAGCAUUAUCACAAGGAUUAGAAGCUCUAAAUCAAUCUUUAUCAGAUACAAUUGCUUCUGAUUCACUGAGCUGCCCUCCUAACAUGGCUAACUACAUGGCCCAGAUGGCUCUAGCCAUGAACAAGCUUUCUACACUUGAAGGUUUUGUUAGACAGGCAGAUAAUUUGCGGCACCAGACCCUUCAUCGGCUGCAUCAAAUACUGACAACCCGGCAAGCUGCGAGGUGUUUUCUGGCGAUUGCUGAGUAUUUCCAUCGUCUUCGAGCUUUAAGUUCUCUGUGGUUGGGUCGUCCACGUCAAGAAUAACAGAAAAAGAAACCCUAGUUCAUUAAUUAAUUAGUAGAAUUUUAUAAGAAUCCUCACAAUAUAUAUCUCAGUUCUCUCUCAAUUAUUAAAUGGAUGAAAUUAUAUUAUUUCUUUUGA